AGCAACUUUGUAAAAAAAUCACAACAUUUCACACAUUGGACAAACAUGUUGGAGAAGCACAUUUUUUAACUACAUUUUUUUGAUUAUGCUAUUUUUUUGUUGUUGAUAGUUGACUAUACUAGACAUUUUCUAUUUAGCAUGGGACAGCCCCAGUAUGUGCUGCAAGACACUCCCCUAUUUUAGAGUGAAGACUUCUCUUGAAACUUCUGCCAGGCAUUUAAAGAAUUGCAUUGACGGGAUCACACAAAGCACACGGCCUGAUUAUGACUGAGGAAACCACUGUUGGUGAGCCUGGCCAGGAUAAACAGGAUCCGGAAGAGGGGGCUCAGCCAAGGGAAAAAUGGGCCAACAACAUGGAGUUUAUUCUCUCCAUGGCAGGAGAAAUUAUUGGCCUUGGAAAUGUUUGGCGUUUCCCCUACCUGUGCUACAAGAAUGGAGGAGGGGUCUUCCUUAUCCCCUACUGCGUGUUCCUCUUCUUCUGUGGCAUCCCUGUGUUUUUCCUUGAGACUGCACUGGGCCAAUACACCAGUGAGGGUGGGGUGACUGCCUGGAGGAAGAUUUGCCCCAUGUUUGAGGGGGUGGGGAUUGCGUCCCAAGUGAUUGUGGUCUACCUGAACGUUUAUUACAUCGUGGUUUUGGCUUGGGCUAUCUUCUAUCUAAUAAACUCCUUCAAGAACCCUCUGCCUUGGUCCACGUGUGACAACUUGUGGAACACUGAUUCAUGCUUUGGCCGUGUCAGCCUCUUUGCCAACCCCGAGUUGUUUCGGCCCGGGACCAACUGGUCCUUUCUACACAACACCACCUCACUGGAAGAUAUCAUCUCUUAUGCUUCCUUCAAUGAAACAGUACUGAUAGUCAGCUCACCUGAAGAGGAGUUCUGGGAAAAUCGAGUGUUGAGGGUGUCUUCUGAUGUGAUCUUGGGUGAGGUGCACUGGGACCUUUCUCUGUGUCUCCUGUGUGCCUGGGUGAUCUGCUACUUCUGCAUCUGGAAGGGAAUCAAAACCACUGGAAAGGUUGUGUACUUCACAGCUACUUUUCCGUACCUGAUGUUGUUCAUCCUCUUCAUCCGUGGAGUGACGCUCCCGGGAGCUGCCGAAGGCCUGAAGUAUUAUCUCAGCCCUGACUUCAGCAAGCUGAGCGAUCCUGAUGUGUGGCGCGAUGCAGGGACUCAGGUGUUCUUUUCCUACGCCGUGUGUCAGGGAGUCCUCACGGCUCUGGGAAGCUACAACAAAUACAACAACAACUGUUACAAGGAUUGCUUGGCCCUGUGUUGUCUGAACAGUGCCACCAGCAUCUUCGCUGGCUUCGCCGUCUUUUCAGUGAUUGGAUUCAUGGCUCAUGACCUCAACAUUCCCAUCAGUGAAGUCACUGCCAGCGGUCCUGGUCUGGCCUUUAUAGCCUACCCCAGAGCUCUGUCCUUACUUCCCGGCUCAUCCUUCUGGGCGGUGCUCUUCUUCCUGAUGAUCCUCUUCUUGGGCCUCGACAGUCAGUUUGUGUGCGUGGAGAGCCUGGCCACAGCCCUCACAGAUCUGUUCCCUCAUCGCCUGAGGAGACCUGGUGUCAGGGAGAUCCUGGUUCUGGUCAUUGCUGUUGUUUGCUUCCUGUUGGGUCUGCCUUUUGUUACUGAAGGAGGGAUAACCAUUUUCGGGCUGGUUGACACCUUUGGUCCCAGUGGAAACAGCCUCCUCCUGAUCGCUUGUGUAGAGACCAUAGUGGUUUCCUGGAUAUAUGGUGCAGAUCGUUUCUAUGACAACAUCGAGGACAUGAUUGGAUACAGACCAUCACCUGUGCUGAAGUACUGCUGGAUGUUUGUCACCCCGAUCAUUUGUGUGCUGACUAUGCUUUAUAAUCUGGUGCAAGAAAACCCUAUAAGAGUGACGGAUGAUGUCCCUGGGUCCUGGGCCCCCGCUGUAGCUGUUCUGCUCAUCUCUGCACCAAUAAUAUGCAUCCCAGCCUUCAUCUUGAUCUCACUGUACAGAAAUCCCAGAAACUUGAUUACAUCAUCCAGAGACCUGCGACAGAUUCGCCCCGACAAGCCGGUGCUCACUCUGUGUGACCACGUCAUCUUUAAAGCACGGGACCAGCCGGAGAGGAGAGUGGACGAAAGGAACGAGAAGAUGAUGAUGGAGGAUCACAACAGUGUUUAAUGACAUUUAAUCUCAAUUUUGUAAAACAAAUUCUUUGUUAGUCACAUGUUUACAUGUUUAUAAGUCUUCAGGGAGAUUAGUUUGGCUUUUGAUUACGCAAUUAUGGAACGUUUGUGUUCAACAGAAGCUCCUCAAAACUAAGAGGAUGAUGUUGUCUUUGUGAAUCACACAAAAUACCUACAAUGAAAUGACCAGAAUGUGACUCUGGAAACAUUUCUUAUGAAAACAUUGCAGUGAGACUAAAACAGAGAAAUAUGCUCCCUCACUAUGAAGAUGAAAAUGCAAUGUGCUCCCAGACACAUGCUGUUAUUUUUAGUGAUAUCAAUCAAAAAUCAUUUGUUGUUGCGUUAUAUGCUGCAGUAGCUCAGGAGGCAGAGCGGGUUGUCCUGUAAUCGGAAGGUUGUAGUAGGGCUGAGCGAUAUAUCGACAAUUUAUUGUUAUCGAAAUUUGUGACUCUUGUGAUAAUUUUUCCCAUGCCAAUAAAUUUGAUAAUAAAAAAAUGAAAAGAUGUGUGUAGGUUGGCAACAUUCAUGUCCCUUUAAGAAGCUGUACCACGUGGUCACAUAAAAAUGUGACUCAAUGUAAUACACGCGACAGCGCCAUCUAGUGGACAACCUUUGUUUCUGUGCAUACCUGUAGUUAUCGUCCAUUUAUAGUUAUCGAGGUGAAAUCCUCAAUAUAUCGUGAUAUUGAUUUUAGGCCAUAUCGCCCAACCCUAGGUUGUAGGUUCAAUCCUGGCUCCUGCCAGAGAAUGCUGCUGUGGUGUCCUUGAGCAAGGCAGUUAACCCAGCUUGCUUGCUGGUGGUGGUCGGCAGGCCUCGCCUCUGUCAGUGCGCCCCAGGGCAGCUGUGGCUACACUGUAGAUCAUCAUCCCCAGCGUGUGAAUGUGUGAAUGACUGAUUGUGUUGUAAAACGCCUUGGGGGGUUGUAGAACCUUA